GACGGCGGCGGCAAGGGGGGCGGCUACGACUGGAGGCAGCACACGCAGGCCUCGAGCGAUCCCGACGUGCAGAACGCGGUGAGGCAGGUCUGCGAGCGGAUCCUCGCGGCCGCGCCCGGCUACUCCGAGGUUGUCGAGGCGUGGGGCCACGAGCGGCAGACAUACAAGCGCUACUGCCUGCAGUACGGUCUGGCGUUCUCGAAGGAGGACAGGGGCCAGUUUCGGAUAGAGAAGCUGGAUCCCGACGCCGGGAACCCCUUCGCGGACCUGCUGGCGCUGCUGCAGAGGCUCGGCGGCGGGGGGCCCAUGAACACGCAGGACCUGCUGUGGCACGCGAAACAGGAUGAGCCGGAACUGUGGCGGCGGUUGGGCACCAAGGGGGUCAACAACUGCUCGUCGAAAAAGCUGCAGUACUGUGAGGACGAGGUGAAGCAGUAUUUCAGCGUGUCUCAGGACUGGUAUCAGAUCGCUCCUAUCGGCGGUAUGGGCGCCCAGAAAGAGUUCGCGAAGCCGAUCCGCCUGAGCUCGCAACAGCAUGGACCGCUGGUGCAACAAGCCAUCCAGGGCAUCGAUCGCGCUCUGAGAGUUGUGCCUCGGCGCGACCGCACAGACCAGAAGGGCGGAAAAGAGUUGUUUUGCGUUUUCAACGAGGAGAGCAGCUCGAGCCGCACACAGAUGGUCUUAGCCCAGAAGAACACUGAGGCGUACAAGCGCAUGCUGCCUGCACGGCAGCGAUUGCCAGCAUACCAGCGCGCGGAUGUGGUCCUCGAGAAGGUGGACGCUGCGGACGUGCUGGUCAUCUGCGGCGCGACGGGCUGCGGGAAGACCACGCAGUUGCCACAGCUGCUGGUGGAGGCCAUGGCGGCGCGCGGGGACAGCUCGCGCGUUCUCUGCACCCAGCCGCGCCGGAUCAGCGCUACCUCCGUGGCGCAGCGCGUUGCCCAGGAAAGGGGGGACGAGCUUGGGCGGACGGUCGGCUACCAAAUCCGCUUCGAGCACCGCGCCUGUGCAGAGACGUCGCUGCUGUAUUGCACGGUGGGCAUUCUGCUCCGCCACCUGGCCUCCAACCCCACGCUGGACGGAGUGGGAGUCGUGAUACUCGACGAGGUCCACGAGCGCGACGUGCACACCGACUUCGCGCUGCUCAUCUUGCGGGACCUGGUGGUGGGGCCUCGCCGGGGCUCGCUCAAGCUGGUGCUGAUGUCGGCCACCAUCAACGCCCAGGGCUUCGUGGACUACUUCGCGAAGCCGG